CGAGCCAAUAUCAUUAUGCUUAAGUUCAUCUACCCCUUCAAGCCUCUAUUAUUAGUGUUUCUCAUUUGGUUCUCCAUCAAAAUCGAUAUAUCUAUCUCCAUGAGGAUCUUAAGCCAUAAGACAUCGACUUUCACCACCAAUGGUGUCCAAACCAUAACAUUCCUAAUGAAUGACAUAUUGGGUAGUGGUCAGAGUUCCUCGAAGCUACAUUCGGGGAGUAACGAUCUACUUCAACCGCCAAAGCCGAUGAACAUUCCAAUUGAGAGCAAACCUCUUCAAACCUAUCUAACUAACGGUUGGUUGCCAAUCCUUGCAAGGUCACAAGCGUUGGAGGUAGGAAAGAUGGCGAUAAUCAAUGAGAAACUCAUGGGCGAUCUCAAGCUCGAACAACCUCAAUUGGGGCAGGUGCAAGGAUUAUAUGUGACUAGAAUGGAGGGUGGUAAUAAUAACUUUAUGGUGACCCUACGAGUCUCAUUCACAAAUGUUGAAUCGGAGGAAAGUUUGAAUCUCUUUGGAGCUUAUCAACCAGCUCUACCGGAGUCGCACAUUGCUGUAGUCGGCGGCACCGGGAGGUUUGAAGAUGCAAAUGGUGUAGCAAUACUGAAGGCCGUAGAAUUGACGGAUAAUAUCGACAAUAAAAGAAUGCACUUUAGAGUUCUCGCUGUGGAUGUGUAUUUCAUGUAAUGCAAUGCAAACAUGUUUUUGGUUUUGAACAAUCAAGAUAAAUA